AUGUCCGCCGAUGCUCAGCCAAAUCCAAAACAACGUGCUAAUGUCGCGUAUCCACCGGAGCCGCCGAUCGGUCGCGACAAGGCCGCCGUCGGAGCACUGUGUGUGGUGUGCGGAGACCGAGCCUGCUCGCAUCUCUACUAUGGAGUUGCCGCAUGCCACGGAUGUAAGUGCUUCUUCUGGAGAACCGUCAAGAGUGGAUUGUCAUAUUCAUGCCGAUUCGAUGGACGAUGUUCAAUCUCAACAGGUUAG